AUAAUGCGUCAGCAAGGGAAUUGUUUGGAAAUGUAAGUGUUCCAGUGUAUGCCACAUUAAAAGGGAAAGCUAUGCAAAUACGCAGCACUCCAUUUAGUGAAGAGAGUGGCGAGUCAUCAGACGAUGAUGGAACCAGUGAUGUAGAAGGGGCUCCAGCCACUCCACGUACCAUUGCUAGGAGACAACAAGUUAACCAGAGCAGUUCCGGGGCCACAAAAAGAGGAAUGGGUGUAAGCCGUCAUUCUGGUGCAUCAGAGGUGUCUGGUGACUAUGCCAACCCUCCGGACAACCUCUCGUUGAGUAGCGACUCUGACACAUCAGAACCCGAGCAAAAACUCCUCAAAUAUGAAGAAAGUAAACAUGACACACUUGAUAAGUGUGGAUAUCUAUCCAAACUUGGUGGAAAGGUAAAAACUUGGAAGAAACGAUGGUUUGUACUCAGGGGCUCGGAACUCUUCUACUACAAGUCUCAGCAUGAUAUGCUCAAGAAACCUCAGGGAUGUAUAAAAUUUGAUGACCAGACUAAAAUUUCCAGGACUCACGGAGAACUAACAUUUGAGAUCCUCCAUGAUAAAAGAACAUAUUACCUCUCAGCUGACACGUACACAGAGACGGACAGAUGGGUUCGAGUUCUUCAGAAAGUGUUAAAGAGACAAGCCACAAGUUAUCUUCUAGAUCAGGUCGAAACUAAAGCUGUCAUCAAAGGUUUUCUCAUCAAGGUAAAGAAUGGUAUAACAAGAAAAUGUUGGUGUGUGUUGUUGGGAGGAUAUUUUCUCUACUAUAGAUCACCAUCAAAUAAGACACCAUUUGGUCAGAUAGAUGUACAAGGGGCGAGGCUAGAGGAGAUAGACACACCCACAGAGUCAGAGGAAGAAUCCGAUGUAACAAUGCCAACCAAACAUGUGAUAGCAAUAUGGCCACCAUGCCAGGGACCGACCUACCUCAUUGUACCAACAAAGCCAGAGAAG